AUGGGGUAUAUACCGCCUCCAGAUGACCGCGAAGACAACUCCAAGAAAAGAGACCGUGCAAAGCCACCCUCACCCAACUCGACGAGACCCAUUUCCGCAUCGACAGACUCCGAGUCCACCACCAUCACCAUUGUGAACCCACUCACCAUGAUACCGCAUAACCCCAGCUUUGGCCUAAUUUGGGGCCCGCUAACGCCCGCGUCGGACAAUGGCCCCGCUUUGUACACGAUGAUCUCGCUUCAAUUCAUCAUUGGCGUGCAGUUUUUCCGAUACGCGAGAAGAACCAUGAUUGCAUCGAGACUGGCCUUGCCGAGUCUCCCACAUCCGCCUUCGCCGCCGCGCUUUGCGCCACGACCUCCUCGCAGCGCCACAUUCAAGCUGAUCUUGGCCGCCGGAGUCGGGGCCACCUUGAUAUUUGGCAGCGGCUUGGAGCUAGCGCGUUUGGCCAUGCCUUAUGAUCCAUGGUUCGACGAAGCUCGACAUUACAGGAAAGUCGCGCGCAAGAAUGGCGAUGUGCCCAAUUUCUGGUUUGGCGCGUACCGGUACUUUGAGCCGAUGAGCUUGAGGAGCUGGCAUGAAAAAGUGUCGCGGUGGUUUGAAAGCGUGGCGAAGGAGCAGAAGAGCAGCGGCAACGCACAUAAGGAUGGCAAGGAGCUGGUGUUGCCUGUGUUUCUCAAACGGGGCAAGUAUCAAGAGGUGCAUGAGCUGAUGAAGCGCCGGUGCGAUGAACGAGCCAAAGAGCUAUUGCUGGGGGAAUUGGAAGCUGUCAAUGAGUUGAACAAGGCGCAGAGGCUCGACUUGAUCUUGGAGGGAAAGAGCCCCUUGGUGAAUUCGCAUUUUAAUAAGGCGAGUAUCCAGUUGGGACAGCACAGUUUGGAAUCGGAUGAUGAUUUCGAGAUGGUUUGGCUUAAUUUCGAACCUUGGGAUGAACUACGGCUAGAUACCGAUUUGGAUAUUCGCGUUAUUCCGCGUUACUCUGCCGUUGAAACCGACGGUGGUGGCGGUGACGCACCGGAGACAGAGGCUCAGCUUGAUGAUUCCGAGCCCCAAGAUUCUGCAUUUUGA